AUGGCUAGGACUUAUAAAUAUACUGUGGACUGUGGUUUUACCGAGACUCAACGGAUUUUCUACGAGGAGAAUGGAUAUAUUCUGUUCAAAAAACUUGUACCAGAAGGAGAUAUUGAUAUUUGCCAUCAGCGAUUCUUAGAUGUUUGUAAUGGUAAAGUUAAGGUUUUCACUGUUAUGCGGGAUAAAACGUUGAGAGACAAAGGAGAAACGCGCGGAGAAUAUUUAGUUAAUAAGAUACAAGAACUACUCGAGGAUGAUGUAUUCUACGAUUAUUACGCGGCUCAUCCAAGGGUAGUGGAAGUCAUCAAGAACAUAAUAGGUCCAAAUGUGACAGCUAUCCACUCCAUGUUAAUCAAUAAACCGCCACAUUCGAAUACCCAACAUUCCACUCAUCCAAUUCAUCAGGAUAUGUUCUAUUUCCCUUUCAAACCAGCCGAUAAGAUCGUCGGUUCGUGGACAGCAAUGGAAAAGAUUAACGUGGAGAACGGUGGUUUAUACGUGUUGCCUGGUACACACAAAGGUCCUUUAUUCCCGCACGGCAAUAGCGAGGAUUGUUCGAACGAAUUUUACCAUGGAGUGCGCGGUUUCGACCAUUUACCCAAACUACAUUUGACCAUGGAUAAAGGAGAUGCGUUAUUCUUCCAUCCGCAUUUGCUACACGGAUCCAGUCCGAACAUGUCUAAAAAUUUCAGGAAAGCAAUAUCAGUUCAUUAUGCAGACAGCAAUUGUACAUUUAUUAAUACAAAAGGGACGGUUCAGGAACGGAUGGCGAUGGAUUUUGAGAAAUUGGUGAAUGAAAAGUUCGGAGUAACUUGGGAUUAUAUUAACUUCUUUAAGAUGAAGAGUCGUUUGAUAAGCGGUAAACCUGGAAAAAUCCAAAGUAUGGACAGCCAUCUAUAAUAAUCGUAUAUGGUAAAA